AAAGCGGCGGUUGUUCAAUCGAGCACCUUUUGGUCAAUACUUCGCAUUAAUAUCCUUAUCGGAGUUAUCCACCACAGCAACAACACGUGUAAGCUCCAUAACUGCACAGGGAUCAUGCAGCACCAGCAGUAUGCAGAGGAGAGAGGCCUUCUGGGCUCACUGUGUCCUGGGCAGAAGAAGCUGGAGGGGAAGACCUUCUAUCUGGACAGUGUGAAGAAACGCUCAACAGCCCUGCUUCUGGAGGCUGUAUCUCUUUUAGGAGGGAGGGUCGAGAGUUUCCUGCACAAAGAUGUGAGCUUUGUAGUAACUGGAAGCCAAGAGGUCCUGAAGGAGCAGAAGUGUACAGAUUCCAAAUCAGGGGCAAAGAGGACGAGUGAAGAAGCCAAAAGUCCUAUAAUGCAGCGAGAGAGUGUCCUCAGCAGUGACAAACGGCGUCCAGGAACUCCUCGACCAGUGGCUUGUGGCAGCCGAGGGAAAGCCCUGCUCGAAAAGGCCAUUCGGAACAAUGAACGACUGCAAGUGAGCAGUGUUUUGGCCAAUGCCCGAUCAUGGGGAGUGAAGAUCUUAUAUGUGGAUGAUGUCCUUUUAUAUUUGAAACAGUUGUCUCGAGAGAGCAUCAGUGCUAUGCACAAGAGGCCGGAGAGGACUUCUACCAAACAAGGUUCUCAUGUUGUCAAAGCUGCACCUUUGAGGUCUCCAUAUCUUAAAAUUGAAGACUUGAGCAGGAAAUACAAGCCCUUGCAUAUGCAGUCUAUGACCUUCCCCACUCUGUGCUACUCUGGCCGAUUUAGUCCCUUUGAAUCUCCUCCUCCUCGAUUUGAAAAGAAGACAGAGCCAGAAGAGAAUAAAACAAGGGAGAAGAAGAAAGUUAAAAGCAGUGUUCAGGACAAAACUCCAAGCCCACUCAGCUGUGGCCCUUCACCUUGGCGGCCACGCAAAAAGGACCUGUCUUACUGUGAAUGCUGUCAUCAACCCUUCACUAAUCUGGAGGAGCAUUUGCAGUCUGAUCAUCACCGUGCAUUUGUGCUGGAUCUCUCAAACUACAGUAUGGUAGACCAACUUGUGGCUGAAAUGCUACCGGGAUUCAACCCCAAUCCACCUCAGUCAGAGGAAACCGUGAUACGACCACCAACUCCUCUGCCCAUCUGUGAACUGGAGACUCUCACUGAUGCUGAGACGGAGCAUGCUGUCCAGGCCCUGCAGAAACAAGGUUCAUCCUUCAGUAUUCUCAUCUCCAGCCCUACUAAGGGUCCUCUUCCAUCUGGUCCCGCCAGCCCAUCACCAGGAGUUCAGAUUCCCAUCCCAAAUUCACCAGCCACUCCUGUGGACAUCCAGCCUUUCACAGCUAACACAGACUGCCAGCUCCCUGACAGCCAUCCUCACGCUUUAAGUCCAGCCAUGCCUGUUUUGGAUGUUGAACGACAAGCCAACGACUCACCCAGCCGGCAGCUGGAUACUCAAGGUCUCCCCCCCUGUCCAUCCCCUGACCCUUACUCCCUGCCUCCGGUUCUCAGCCCACAAGUCCCUUAUCUCUCACCACACUGCCUGUAUUCAGACCCUCCUGUCCUCAGUCCUCAACAGUAUCCUGUAGAAGAUCCUGUGGAAGAACACACUUGUGAAAUGGACACUGCAGAACGUGUCUCCACCCCUGUUUUUUCCUCUGUGGCUUUGACAAAUGAAGGAGUAAAUGGCUCAAACCAAGAACGUUUUUUCCGAUUCAAGGAGCUCACGUGGUCCACCGGUGGUUUGGAGUGUGCCCCGCUGUUGUCAGGUCUGUUGUCUUGUUCCCUCCCUGGUCUGUCAGCGACUGCACCAAACCCCAAAAAGCGCUCAAGAUUAGCCAGCCCCCAUCACAGCCGGAGCAAAAGGAAGAGGAUUACAGCUGAAUGUGGCUACAGUGGGCAACCUGCCAAACCAGAAAGUGACAUUAUGGCAAAACCUGAGGACUGUUCGUUAUUAGAUAACCUCUCUUGUCAGACAACGCAGUCCUGUCCUAACCAAGAGGUCUCAACAACAGUUUCUACUGUGGAAAUGUUUGGUUCAAAGCAGACUUUUACUACAUUUUGUGUUCCCACUGUACAGAAUUUCACUUGGACAUCAAAUCAAACAAACAUUUUAAGUCAUGGUGGCACUUCUCUUGCUCAUCAGCCAAGGACUUGUGAUCCUCCACUUCAGUGCCCCAAUUAUAAAUCUCACAGUGCACUUUCCAGUCAAGACUCGCAACGGUCACUAUCCCACUCUACCUCAGUGUGCAUCGAGUCAGCCCUCAUCCCAGAUUUGGACGGGCUGUCUCAUUCAUCAUCAGACUCUGACUGGGACUGUGGGCUGCUGUCAGGGCUGGGACAGAACUCUGCUGCUCCACUUUUGUCCGCUGAGCAGAGCUGUGAGCUCAACCAGGAGCUCCUCCACACGCCGUGCACCUGGAUGCACAACACGAGCUACGAGUCACGUCUGCACACUGUCCUUCAGCCUUCGAACCCGGCGACCUCACUGUGUGGGGAUGAAAUGGACCCCUCAGUGUUUUCCAGGACUGUGGUGCAGAUUGUUGAGGUUCAGCACUGAUGCUUAUUUUCUUUUAAAGAACUUGAAGAACCACUACCUGGAGUACUCUGGCAGCUGUGUAUCCUGCACUUAAGCUCAUCAAAAUAAGUCAAUGAAAUAUACACUGAAUAAAUAUUUAAAACUUAGUGCAAACUAAAAUGUUAUUUUUAGCUAUACAGAUGCAGAUUUUUAUUUUUUACUUUUAUUUUUUGUUGCAGUAGAUGUUACUUAGGGGAUGCUGCAUCUUCGCUUGAAUUUGAAGAGCAUCCAUUAUCAUUUUUCCCUCUUAACCCCUAAUCCUCCUCGUGUACAGAACCCUCAGCAAUAUUCUGCAUGUCAUGCUGACUGCAGUCUUUCAGCAGCUAUGUCCGGGAACACAUGGUGGUAUUGAGAAUUUAAUGAGGCUUUUCUGAAGGGGGCAUUACUCAAUUACUGUAAGUGCUGCGCCUGGAUCGGAUCCCACUCGCGCCGGUGUUGAUGAGGCGUUGGUGGAGUGGAGCACUCGCACAACCUGUGAGACAGAAAUCUGUCCGAUUAAUGUUAAAUGGCUUUUUUUGCCUUUUGAAGGUUGGCCAAAGGACUGGCUUUGUCAAGGGGAGGCAGCUGCUUCACAGUAGUGUGCUGCAGCUACAGUGGAGUUUAUCCACUGUAAGGUCACCUACCAUUAAAGAUGCAUCAUUAUAGACAAAACUCAAAAACCUCAUGUCCAAAAAUCACACCAACUGCAUAUAUACAUGGACAUUUAAAGUGCACAUGCAGAAUAUAACCUUUAAAGAGAUGCCACACUGGAUUUAACUAUGUGGAACAUGAGCAGUUCUCUUUAGAAAAUGUGAAUUAUUGUACAGUGUUUUUAAAUAAAUGAUUUUAUCAAUCAACA